CAAGAAGGGAGGGAUCUAAGCUAAGGCUGCAGCGUGGCUCUGUGUCUGAAUGAAAGAGCCUCUCUCCCUCUCUCUCUCUCUCUCUCUCUCUUUCUUCCACUCUCUCCUGCCGUCGGUCUCUAUGUAUGGCUUAUAUCCGCUGCAGCGAGUGAGCACAUGUCCAGAGCAAACACAGCGGGACUCUCCAAGUGACUUCAAGCUGGAAGUAAAUAUUUUGCAGAAACUUUGGCUGAGGAUGCAAACUUUCAGUUUUCAAAUGCUUUCUUGAAUUUCAUCCCUGUUUUUAAGAAGCUGGACUAUUUCUUAGAAAUGCUUUUUUGAAGACUGCUUAGCAUCCAGAAAACGUAUUUUUGAGAAAUUAUCACGUGAUGGACAUUAAGCUUCAGUAACUGGAAGAUUUGAAAACCUGAUCUCCUUUGAGAAUUUGUGUUCGCUGGUUCUGCCAAUCAAUUGCAGAUCUCCACCACCAAAAGAUUUCACUGGAUCUGGAUCAGUUUGACCUUAUUUACACAGAUCACAAGGGGCAGGUUGCCAUAUAAGUGUGAUGUGUGGGUUGAUAAUUUAACCAGCGCAAUCCUGAGUGCUUUGUAGGCCUCUGGCCAACUUGCAGGCAGGUGUGAUGCUGGAUCAGUGUGUUUGAUAGACACACAUUUCUACACACACACACACACGUCUGCCUGAAACUGCGAAAACCAGGACAUCAAAUGAGGGCAUCCAACACUCUAAAAUAUUACAUGAAUUUUAACCUUGAGUGUCAAACCUGUGCUUGACAGAUGCUGGUGGAGAUGUAAUAUAUACAUUGGCUUCCUUUCUCUCACACAUUAUACUGAAAUAUCACACACAAGCUGCUUUGACUAACAGCAUUAUUGGGUCCAGAGCUACACUAUCCUGAACUGAAAGAUAGCAUCUUUACACAAUGGCCCCACAGACCUGUAAUUUGCUCCCUCAGCGUAUCCUGCGGCACACCAUCUCCCCUCACCUGCCUCUGUACGUGCUGCUGUUGCUCCUCCAGACCUGGUGGGGGAGCUGUCACCCACAGUGUUUGGACUACAAGCCUCCGUUUGAGCCCCGGCAGCCAUUGGUCUUCUGCAAGGAGUACUCCAAGUUUGGAUGCUGUGACCUGGAGAAGGAUGGGGAGAUAUCAGUCAAGUUUUACUCCAUCAUGGAAAACUUUGACCACUCAGGUUACAUCACCUGCAGCAAGUACAUACGCAGCAUCCUCUGCCAGGAGUGUUCUCCAUAUGCUGCCCACCUGUAUGAUGCUGAAGAUGCCAAUACACCUAUGCGGAUGCUGCCUGGGCUGUGUGGUGAUUACUGCUCCAACUACUGGAAUCAGUGUCGGUACACGCUCAGUCUCCUCUUGGAGGACAUGGGAAGCCCACAGGAGUUUGCAAACCUGACUGCAACGAUAGAAGAAGAUCGCAAAAGGUUCUGUGACUUUCUGGAGCUGAAGGACAAACAGUACUGCUACCCAAAUGUACUGACAAAUGCAGAGCUAAAUGCUAACCUCGGCUCAGUACGUGAAGAUCCGAAAGGUUGCCUGGAGUUGUGUUUACAGGAGGUUGCCAAUGGACUUCGUAACCCUGUGGCCAUGAUUCAUGCUGAUGACGGAACUCAUCGCUUCUUUGUGGCAGAGCAGCUGGGUUAUGUGUGGGUGUAUUUGGCUAAUGGCUCCAGGAUCGACCGUCCUUUCCUCAACCUUACACGGGCUGUCCUCACCUCACCAUGGGCUGGAGAUGAGAGGGGAUUCCUCUGCAUAGCCCUGCACCCAAGGUUCACAACAGUCAGAAAAGCCUAUGUAUACUACUCUGUGUCUGUCAAGAAGGAGGAGAGGAUACGUAUCAGCGAAUUCACACUGUCAACACAUGAUGAUAACCAACUAGAUCAUUCAUCUGAGAGAACCAUCCUUGAGGUGGUAGAGCCAGCAUCCAAUCAUAAUGGAGGACAGCUUCUGUUUGGCCAUGACGGCUAUCUGUACAUCUUUAUUGGUGAUGGUGGCCGAGCUGGGGACCCUUUUGGAGAAUUUGGCAACUCACAGAACAAGUCAGUGCUUCUUGGCAAGGUGCUGCGUAUUGAUGUCGACAACAAUGACGAUGGCGCCCCAUACAGCAUUCCAUCAGACAACCCGUUCCUGAGGGAGAAGCAAACACGACCUGAGAUUUAUGCCUAUGGAGUACGCAACAUGUGGCGCUGCUCCAUUGACCGUGGUGACCCCACUACAGGCCGGGGCAGAGGCAGGAUGUUUUGUGGUGACGUAGGCCAGAACAAAUAUGAAGAGGUGGACCUCAUUGUUCAAGGAGGCAACUAUGGAUGGAGGGCAAAAGAGGGCUUCAGCUGCUACGAUCGCAAACUCUGCCAAAACUCGUCUCUAGAUGACAUCUUGCCUAUCUUUGCCUACCCUCACAAGUUGGGAAAAUCAGUGACAGGAGGAUACAUCUACAGAGGCUGUCAGAUGCCCAACCUCAACGGACUCUACAUCUUUGGGGAUUUCAUGAGUGGGCGUCUGAUGUCUUUAAAGGAGAAUGUCACCACAGGUGAAUGGCAGUACACUGAGAUCUGUAUGGGAACAGACCAGACCUGCAGAUUCCCCAAACUCAUCAACAGUCAUUAUAAAUACAUCAUCUCUUUUGCUGAGGAUGAGGCAGGUGAAUUGUAUUUCUUAGCCACAGGAGCCCCAAGUGCGACAGCCAGAGCAGGAGUGAUCUAUAAGAUAGUGGACCCUUCCAGACGAGCUCCACCAGGAAAAUGCAGCAUCAAGCCAUCGCAUGUUAAGAUAAAGGGAAAACUGAUUCAUUUCCAUCCCAAAGAAGAGUAUGUAAUCAACAAGAAACCGACCACAACACCUGUUCCCACGACGACCACAAGAAAAACUACGACAACAACAAAGAAAACACCAAGAAAACCAUUCAUAAUAAUAAAACCACCAAUGCCAACAAGAAAAACAAUUAGAAAAACACAGCUACCAACACCACCAACAACAACAGCAACAACCAGAAAAACAACAUUACAGACAACAAGAAAAACAACAACCAGAAAGACAACGAUACCAUCAACGACUAUAAAAGUAACAACAACGAGAAAGACAACAUUACCUCCAACAACAACUAUAAAAGCAACAACAAUAAAAACAACCUCAGCCACAACAGUAAAACCAACAACCUUACCUGCAACUGUCCAGAUGGCCAUGGCAACAACAACUUCUGCCACAACCACACCCACUGGUUAUCGCACAACCGUCAUGACUGCAGUCUCCUCUAGGAUUGCUCAAACCCCAAUCAUCACCACACGUCCAACAAGGAGACAUGGCAGACCCCUUCAGUAUCCCCCUAGUACCACCUCCCAACCUUUAACUUCACCGCAGCUUCCUCCUCCUCCAUCCACAACAUCUCUGAAACGAUCCCAGAUGGCUCUGACCUCUACAAGUUACCCUGAGCAUCCUGGAGCCUUGACCACACCUCAUCCACCAUAUUGGAGCCAGAAACCCACCGUACCAUCCUACAAGCCCCAGAGACCACCCAUCAACACCAUGCCGCCUAAAGGGCAGGACCAGAAGCUGUGGAUUGGAGAGAAGCUGGAAAGUGCUGGGGAGGGCAACCAAGUAUUCAAGAGACCCAGAGGAAGAGGCAGAGGCAACGGUAUCAAAAGAGGAAGAGGAGGGAGAAGGCUGAGGGCCGGUUCAGUGAGACUGGUGAGCGCUGAUGGUUUAUCAGAUCGAGGCAGAGUGGAGAUCUUUAUCCGAGGAGAGUGGGGGACAGUGUGCGAUGAUCUUUUCACCAGCAAGGCAGGCACUGUGGUGUGUCGACAGCUCGGCUUCACGACGGCGCUGGCGGUGAUGAAGAGGGCUGCGCUGGGUGAGGCAGACAGCAGCGUCAGGAUCCUAUUGGAUGACGUGGAAUGUGAGGGUGGGGAGACAUCAUUGCUGGACUGCAAGAGAUCCAGAGUUGGGAAACACAACUGCUCACAUGGGGAAGAUGUAGGGGUGAUCUGUGGUUAGCACAGAGGAGUGAGACGUAGAUGUCUGAUAUGUACCAAAAACACAAUUUGUUUUAUGCAUGUGCGAAACUGCGGCUACUACCUGACUCCAUUACCUUAACACUAAUACUUGCACGUGUUGAACAAACUGGGUUUCCAAUACUGACAGGGUAGUGACAGUGGGAAAGCAUAGGAAGCAAAGGAGUAGACAGGGGAGUGAUGUAUGGUACUGUCACUCACAGGAAGUGUUAGGAGGAGGCGAGCAGAGAGGAGGAGAGAAUUUGAAGAGGGUAUGAUAGGUUAUGACAGACUGUCCAUUUUUAAGCACAAAUGUUCAAGUCAGUUUGCCAAAAUUUUGAAUUGAAUUAUGAAUUGUAUUUUUCCAGUUUUGCAUAUUGAUAUUCCAUUUUUCAAUAUCCGCGCACUGCUAAACGCUCAGUGGUCCAUCUGCAUUACCUUUUUGUUGGCUUUGUCGGAUCCUAUUUGAAGACAGUUUCUCCUAAACUCACUCAGUCCACUGUUGUGUAAAAACUAACCAAGCACAUACAGCAACACCAGUGAUUAUAGUUAAUGGUAACAUAUAAACUAAAAAUAAUUUCAAAUUUCAGUCUCAGUAAACUACUAAGGAAAUCUGCCAAACUGUCCUUUGUCCAGUGCCGAAAACAAAUGUGAAGUUUGCAGAUUCACCCGUUUGACCAUCCAAAUUUAUAACGUUAUAACUCUGCUCUGGCAAAGUGUAAACUGCUCCACAAAUGAGAUGCUGCGCGAUCUCCAUCUACUCUUGCCAGUAAUGACACAGGAGUAGAUGGUAAAAGCACAUUUGCCUUGAAAUAACUGUGCUAACUGUGUGGUUAGCGACCAUGAGCCCAAAUAGUCUCGACGUCAGUGUCUGUAGCUUCAAACAACGCUUAUUUCGGUGGACGCCCAAAUAAAUUUGACUUGUGAUGUGGCACUUAUGGCAGUGGUAUUGUUGUUGUCAAAAGAGUCAACACUUGAUGAAAGAGCCUUACUGGAAGAGUGACAAUUAUACUGCCAAAUGCUGUAAUGUUUGUUACUGUUUACAUUUUUAGAG